UUCAUCAUCCUAAAAUAAGUACUUCCGGGUGACAGGUCAUUCACAUGUAAAAGAUGGCGAUGGAGGGACCGGCGAAUUCACAUCUGGCAUUACAAGAUUUGGACAAUUUGGAUAUCUCCAAAUUGAAUCCACUCUCCCCUGAAGUUAUUAGCAGACAAGCAACUAUCAAUAUUGGAACAAUUGGUCAUGUAGCCCACGGAAAGUCAACGGUCGUGAAGGCCAUCUCGGGUGUACAGACUGUCAGAUUCAAGAAUGAGUUGGAGAGAAAUAUUACCAUCAAGCUAGGCUAUGCAAAUGCUAAGGUUUAUAAGUGCGAUAGUCCAGCCUGCCCUAGGCCUGGAUGCUACAGGUCUGCAGGCAGUAACAAGGAUGACUCGUUUCUCUGCGAUAGAACAGGCUGCUCAGGAAAAUUCAGACUACACAGGCACGUAUCAUUUGUAGACUGUCCCGGUCACGACAUUCUUAUGGCAACUAUGUUGAAUGGAGCAGCUGUCAUGGACGCAGCAUUACUUUUGAUUGCUGGCAACGAAUCGUGCCCCCAACCCCAGACAUCGGAGCAUCUGGCUGCUAUUGAGAUCAUGAAGCUCAAGCACAUCCUUAUCCUUCAGAACAAGAUUGACCUGGUCAAGGAGAGUCAAGCGAGGGAGCAAUACGAACAGAUCCUAAAGUUUGUUCAAGGUACCGUAGCGGAAGGAGCCCCAGUCAUUCCAAUCUCAGCUCAGCUGAAGCAUAAUAUAGAAGUCAUCUGCGAAUACAUCACCAAGAAGAUCCCUAUUCCAGUCCGAGACUUCACUUCAGAACCUAGACUCAUUGUGAUCCGAUCUUUCGAUGUGAACAAGCCCGGCUGUGAAGUUAAAGAUCUGAAAGGGGGCGUGGCUGGAGGCAGUAUCCUAAGAGGUGUAUUGAAGGUUGGGCAGGAGAUUGAGGUCCGGCCUGGCAUCGUGUCCAAGGACAGCGAAGGCAAGCUUCAGUGUAGACCCAUCUUCUCUAAGAUUGUGUCUCUCUUUGCUGAGAAGAAUGAUCUCCAGUUUGCUGUUCCAGGAGGCCUGAUUGGUGUUGGUACAAAGAUUGACCCCACCCUAUGUCGAGCUGAUCGUCUUGUGGGUCAGGUGCUGGGAGCUGUAGGGGCUCUCCCUGAUAUCUACACAGAGCUUGAGAUCUCGUACUUCCUUCUCAGGAGGCUGCUCGGUGUGAGGACCGAAGGAGACAAGAAAGGAGCUAAGGUUCAAAAGCUGACCAAGGGCGAGGUGCUCAUGGUCAACAUUGGGUCACUGUCCACGGGAGGUCGAGUGCUGGCCGUCAAGGCUGAUUUGGCCAAGAUCGUUCUGACGAAUCCAGUCUGCACGGAGAUCGGAGAGAAGAUCGCCCUCAGUAGGAGAGUGGAGAAACAUUGGAGGUUGAUCGGUUGGGGUCAAAUCAGGAAAGGUGUCACCAUCAAGCCCACGACCUUUGACUCCUAGAGAUGGCAUAGAUUUAACAUCAGGAAAAACAUGUCCCCAAGGGAACCAUGUAACCCUGGAAACGACAUUCACUAAAAGGCAUAUUUCAAGUUGAGCUCUUGUGCUUAUCGUGGAGAGGCUACGUAACGUGGAGGUUUGCUAAGAACUGUCACAGAUCUGUGGGGCAAUUUGGUGCAGGCUUUUGAAUCUGAUACCAAAACUACAUUGUUGCAUUUAAUGAUCGUAUGGUUCAGCGUGAGCUUGACCAAAUCAUGUCUUUUCCCAAACCCCCUUAUGAUUUAUAAAGGAAGCACUGGGAAGAUUUACUAGUUGUCAUAGAGAGAAAGAGAUACCAUAUGCUCAGUGUUUUAACUAGAGAUCCGUUAUGGUACAUGAUUAUGAACAGAACCUUUUCAUAUGCAACGUGACUUGCCACGCUAGCAAAUUUGUUAAUCCAGGAAACUCCCCUCACAAGUCAAAAUGUUAUCCUCUUUUCAGAAUGUUUGAUUACAGUACUGUAAAUUGCUUUGAUUCAAGAACUUUUUGCCAAUUUUAUAUGACCCAAAGAGACCAAAACAAAAGGAGAAACGUUCUAUAUAUUCACAAUUUUGAAUAAUUUCAUCAUGACUGAGGAAAUAAUUUUGCUUUCUUGGUUACCCAGCUUUCAUUACAUAUUACUAGUAAUCAAAUAUCCACUAAAAUUCAUAUUCGAUAUAGUUCAACUAAUUUUAAGGUUGAGAGAGUGAAUUGAAGUUGUAUAGAUACUUGAUCUUUUUCAGGAAAGAAAUGGGAUGCCUCAGAAAUGUGAUAAGUACACUGCAAGAUUAUCUACAUUAAACCCCCACUGUACUACUUGUAGCUACUUGCUCCCUCUAUACAGAAAACAAUGCCUAAGCGGUGCCUGUUGGUCCCCCAUGAUCCUCUUUUUCUUAUGUUCAUUGAGAGCUGAGUUGAUGAGAUAGCCACCUGUCAGUGACCAAACUAGUACAGACAGGAUUUAAGACAACAUGUAUCAGAUACAGUCCCACAUUAGGUAAUAGGGUUAGGUAUUUAUUUAUUAUGCAACUAGUUCAGUUUUUGUUUGAAUCAGUGGAUAGGUCUAAAAGCUGCCUGUAUGACCACUUUACAAUCACUUUGAGGGUAUGUCUGGCUCAACUGUAGAAUUUAGUCUCUUCGGACAACCGUACUUUGAUGAGUUUUAUUUUGUGACAAUUAUCUCAACUGGCUCAACCAUAGAAUUGAGUCUUCUUCAGACAACUGUACUUUGAUAAGUUCUAUUUUGUGACAAUUAUCUCAAAGAGAAUGGUUGGCUAAAUACAUGGAUGAUUUAUGAGAAUCAAAUGCCAUGCAGUCCUCUUUCUCGCUUUGUGUUUUCUUUAUAUUGUGUCCAUGACAAUUAUUGGUGGUUUUUCGUCUUUUUUUUCUCCCUUCUUUAGAAAAAAAAAAAAAAAAAAAAAAAUCAUUUUGGAAUGUCUUAUUUUUCUGAAGAUCUUUAAAAUUGAGUUUAAUCUUUGUUCUUAUGAUCAAUGAUAAGAUUCCCCCCUAAAUCACUGUAAUUGGGUACUGUACAAGUAAAACAAAAAUGUAGAAGUCUGUCCAAAAAUGUGAGAUUUCUAUUGAAUGAGAAGUUUGGACUUGCUUAAUCUUGUGUAGAAAAUGGAAUGAUAGAUAGAUUCUUCCACAUUAAAUGAUUAAUUGUAA